AUGCUCGGAUGGUUGCGUGAUGCACUUUCCAAUACUUCCCCUUCUCUGUCCUAUCGUCAGUCAAUGAUACCAUCUCCAUUUUUUUGUCAACAGCAGCAACAAAACUAUAAGAAAAAUGAAAUAUUAUGUUCAUCAUCAUCCUCAUCAUCAUCAGAUGACGAUGAAACAACAGAUGAGGAAUCAAAUGAUAAUUCAUUCUAUCAUAAUCCAUAUCAUUCAAGUGGACAAAUGAAUUACAUAGAUGUUCCACAACAACAGUAUACUAAUGAACAUACGUAUCCAACAUAUCUUGCUCAACAGCAGACAUCAAAUGUAAUGAAUCAAUCAAUAGAUGAUCAAAUUCAUACAAAACUCUUAUUAUUACAACAACGUGGAAAUCAAUAUCAACCGCAAAUACAAACACAAUUUCAUUAUACAUUUAACAAUGAAACAUUAUCAACAACUGAUUCGCCUACUACUAAUAAUAGAAAUCUAGAAAGAAUUAAUAUAAAUGAUGAACAAUUCGAAAAUGAAAAUGAUAUUGAUGAACAAGAAGAUGAUUAUAAUAUACCCACUUACUAUUCCGAUCAAGAUUCAAAUCUCGGUGAAAAUUUCGAUUUUGCAUCUGUUGUUCUAUGGUAUCGACAUGUAAUGAAAUCCGUCAAGAAAAUUAUGUGA